GAAAGAAGAGUAGAGCAGCAGCAGCAGCGGCGGCAGCAUUAGCUGAGCCAACAAAGUUAACACCGUUGGGCAAUCUGAUUACGAUCAAGCGCUCCGCUCACACUUUGGCCCCCGGAAGCAACUCCUGUCGCCACCAUUGGGAGCGAGCCACUCGGCCGAGGACGCCGCUUUUUGACUGCUUUUUUUGUGGCUGGAAGUGGGGAAGCCGAUAACCGCGCGCACACACGCACGCACGCACGCACACACACACGCACACACACAAAAGCUUCUCAGCUGGCUAGCGAGCGGCUAACUGGGCUAGCUCGCGUGCCGCUCCUCUUCCUUGUGGCGCUUCGGGACUGGGAGAAGGGAGGCUGACAAGUGAGCUUUUUCUUUUUUUUUGACUUGUCCCACUAAGCCGUGGAUGGAAGCGCUCGCUCGGACCGGCCACGACGUAUCGGCGGAGCCGGAGCCGUAUAUCCGGACGGGCCUCGGGCCUGCACUUUUGUCCACCAGUCGCUAUGCGAUGCGUCGCUCGGUACCGUUAGCCGUCGGAGGCUAAGCUAGCUCCACUCGACUUAGCAUGUGCUAGCCGGUCCGUAAUCAUGCACGGCGCGGAGUUCGGGUGUUUAAUCGUCGACUGGUAGCUGAAUGUCAUAUUGUUGCGCGACUGUGUGGCGGAAUUGGUUGGUAAUCGGGUUGAAAACGAUCUAGCUAGCUUUGUGAUGCUAACGUUAAGCUGGUGAUCUCCAAAUGUGAAUAACGAUGCUAACUAGCCCAAUGUUAUUAUGUUCCUGCGCACAACCGGGAACGUAUUUCAAUGAAAUUCUCAGUGGGGGUGGCGUAGGUGCAAGAUAAAUGCCGAAUUCGGAUGUACUUCGGGAUGGCCGCGGCCAGAGUCCCUCCACGCAGAGAAACGCCAACAGGCAGGACAGACGCAACGCGAGCAAGCCCGGAAGCAGUGCUGCUCAGCGGGACAGACACCGAGACAAGAGACGCUCCUCGGCUUCCCGUCGGAAGAAACGCAGGCAGGCCAAGGACAGGGACUUGUGGCACCUCGGUGCGACCGAAGGAACCGUCAGUGACCGCCGUGGCACUUUUGGGAAGGUAGCUGAACUUCGGACGCUGGUGGAGUACGAUGACGUGAGCUCCCAGUCCGAGCGUUUCUCUGGGAGCCCCUCGCCCAAGCUGGACCGGCACGUCGAGCGUAUCUCCGUGGACAGACUGAGUGACUUUGGAGAGUAUAACGGCCCGGCGUCUCAUCCGAGGCACCGCAAGGACGUCGUCCUCAUCGAGGACCCCGACAGAGGACUGGCGGAAAGGAGCAAGCCAGCGAGCAAGGAUCCGGGCCAGAAGAAAGAGCGACUCAAUCGGGAGAGAAACUCAAAGGUCCGCAGUGGACUCGGGGCGAGUGACCCCAAAAACCACAGAGACGUGGUGAAGAGUACCGACAAAAACGGCAAGAGAGCGUCCACUGCUCAGUCAGCAGAAUCUGCGGACAAACGGGAUUCCAAAAGCCAACGGAGUAAAACGAGAGCCGAGAAAGAACCGCCGUCUGCCUACAGAGACGUUCCUCCGCAGUCGUAUCGGGAUGACGAGCUGAGGACCUACAGGAGAAGUCCGGGAUUCAAAGCCGAAAGUCCCUAUGGGACGUCUUACUCGUACAACUACCAGUCUCCGCCCGGUUACAACCAGAUAUCGAGGCGAAGCCCCGCUUACCCGAGCAAAAGAACCUCUCCCACGCCCAACUACUACGGCCGAGACGCAGACCCGUACGGCGCAUACGGCCUCGCCAAGUCGCCCGGCUCGUACUCUGGCGGCAAGCGCAAGCGAUCCCCCACCAGUCCCGCCGCCUGGCGAAGGUCUCCCAGUUACGGCCGACGCAGUCCGUACGAGCACGGGGAGUUCGUCGCCAGUCCUUUCGGAGGCCGGCGGAGAUCACGGAGUCCCUACAGGAAGUCCCUCAGCCCGAGUCCAGAUGUCAGGCGAUCGGCGAGGUCUCGCAGCCGAAGCCCGUAUGCAUCUGCCAGGCAUUCUCGCUCCCGCAGCCGCCAUGGCCACUCUCGCUCCGGCAGCCGGCCCUCCAGCCUCUCGCCGAGCACGCUCACCUUCAAGAGCAGCCUGGCGGCCGAGCUCAGCAAGCAGAAGAAGGCCAAAGCCGCCGAGGCCGCCGCCAAAGCCAAAGGCGCCGGCAGCGCGUCCACGCCGAUCAAGCCCGCCGCCGCCGCUCGCCAGCCCAGUCCCAAGACCAACCACGCGGCCCGGAAGGGACGCCCGCCCUCUCCGCCCGCACCUCCGACAGCGGUGGUGACGGUGGAGAAAGGUCCACGCACGCCCACGUCCGGCCAGCCCCAGUCGCCCUCCGACCGCUCUUCAAAGAGGAAUACGGAGCAACCCGCCAGCCGGGACAAAGACGGAAAGGCCAAAGACGACGCCAAGAGGAAGACGGCGACAGGGCCGAACAAAGAUAAGGAUCGAGCCGGCGGGACGCUCGCAUCUAGCAUCCUGUCCCUUCCGCUUCCCCUGAGUGUUCUUGAACAAAUGGAUAAAGGCGAGAGCACAAAGGACGCUUGUGUGUUGGCGAAGAAGAAAUCGGAACGAAAGGGCCGACCCCUCCUCACUGACCUGCCUCUGCCGCCGCUUCUUUCCAGUCGCACGUCUUCUCCGCGCAGCCCGGCCGAGGAGAAGAAGGCACAAACGCCACGUAGGAGGCCAAAAAUGUGCGGCCCGAGAUACGGCGAGAUAAAAGAAACUGAGAUUGACUGGGGCAAGCGCUGCGUGGACAAGUUUGAGAUCAUCGGCAUCACGGGGGAAGGCACGUACGGGCAGGUGUACAAAGCCAAAGACAAAGACACGGCGGAGAUGGUGGCUUUGAAGAAGGUGCGUCUGGACAACGAGAAGGAGGGCUUCCCGAUCACGGCCAUCCGAGAGAUUAAAAUCUUGCGGCAGCUCAACCACAAGAGCAUCAUAAACAUGAAGGAGAUCGUCACUGAUAAGGAGGACGCGUUGGACUUUAAAAACGAUAAAGGUGCUUUCUAUUUGGUGUUCGAGUACAUGGACCACGACCUGAUGGGCCUGCUGGAGUCGGGUCUGGUGCACUUCAACGAGAGCCACAUCAAGUCGUUCAUGAGGCAGCUGCUAGAGGGCCUGGACUAUUGCCACAAGAAGAACUUCCUGCACCGCGACAUCAAGUGCUCCAACAUCCUGCUCAACAACAAAGGUCAAAUUAAGCUGGCAGACUUUGGCCUCGCUCGCUUGUACAACUCUGAAGAGAGUCGACCGUACACCAACAAAGUCAUCACGCUGUGGUACCGCCCCCCGGAACUCCUGCUGGGCGAAGAGAGGUACACGCCGGCCAUCGACGUGUGGAGCUGCGGAUGCAUCCUGGGGGAAUUGUUCACCAAGAAGCCCAUCUUUCAAGCUAACCAGGAGCUUGCCCAGUUGGAACUGAUCAGUCGGAUAUGCGGCAGUCCGUGUCCCGCCGUGUGGCCGGACGUCAUCAAGCUUCCCUUCUUCAACACCAUGAAACCCAAGAAGCAGUACAGGCGACGACUGCGGGAGGAGUUUGCCUUCAUCCCUCCGUCUGCUCUGGACCUGUUUGACCACAUGCUGAACCUUGACCCCAGCAAGCGCUGCACGGGCGAGCAGGCGCUGGGCUGCGACUUCCUGAAGGACGUGGACCCGGACAAAAUGCCACCGCCAGAUCUUCCACUGUGGCAAGACUGUCACGAGCUGUGGAGCAAGAAGCGGCGGCGUCAGAAGCAGAUGCCAGAGGAGCUGGCCGUUCCACCGAAGGCGCCGCGCAAAGAGCUGGGCCUGGACGACAGCCGCAGUAACACCCCUCAGGGCUUCGCCGCUCCCGGGGGCACCAAAGCCCCGAGUGCGGCGGCUUCUGCACAGCUGGACCCGAAAGGUCCCAACUCCCAGCUGACCCAGGAGCAACUGGCGGUCCUGCUGAACCUCCUUGGUCCGCCCAACAGCGGCACCAACCCGGCCCAGUUCUUCCAGGCCGUGAGCUCCAAGGUCAACCAGGAGACGCUGCAGCAGCUCUCCAAAGUCCUGCCGCCCGCCGAGGCGACCGAGCCCCCCGCUAAGCCGCCGCCCGCCAAGCCCCCGCAGCCUGCCGCUCCGACCGGCGUGCCCCGCACCCCGCCCGUACCCAAGCCCCCUUCCCCUCCCGUGCCGCCCGAGGGGGCCGCCGCCACCCAGACGGCCGUCACCAUGCUGCUAGCUCAGCUGCUGCAGGCUCAGAGGCAGGAGGACGGCGCUGACGGGGCGGAGGCCGCCGCUGCUGCCGAUGACCUGGCAGCGGGAGCGCCCCCACUUCCCCCCGACGUUAAACAACCUCCAAAAUCAAGACCGGUCUCACCUGUGCUGGACAUGGGCGGGGUCCCCAUCCUGCCCCCAGACCAGAGACCACCUGAGCCCCCAGAGCCGCCCCCGCACGCUGACCUAGACUACAGGCGGCCGCCGCCCGAGCCCAAGCCCGGCCAUGCCCCACCCAUAGCGUCGACCGGGGGAGGUGACGGCGGUGCCCGCCCGCCCGAGCCCGACUACCCGCCUCUCCCCACUGCGGAGGGGCCCGGCUACGGGGGUGACUUCAGUCACCCGCCGCCGCCCCCCUUCACCCCCACGGGCUUCGGGGACAGCUUCAUGGGUCACAUGUUGGGCGCGGGGCUACCUCCUCACUCUCUGAGAGACGUUUUUAGCGGGCCGGGCCAGGCCGGGCCCCCUGAGCCCUUCCCCCCGCCGUGCCCCGCCGCCACCGGACCCCCCGGGAUGAUGUUUGCCGGGGACAAGGACCACCGCUUUGAAUACAGCCCCCUACCGGUGGAGGGCCAUCCCAGCCCCGGCGCCCUCCACUUGUACAACCACGCUCUAAUCCGGAAGGACGGCGUGCCGCCUCAUCCGCCGCCGCCCAUCCCGGUGCCGGGCCACGCUUGGGCCUCGCCCUCCCACCAGGUGCCCCUCGGCUUCGUCCCUCACGUCAACUCCACCAUCAGAGGACGAGGGCUGCCCUUCUAAGCAAACUGGAAGUGACGUUUCGCGACUUGAAGCCUCUCGGACCAGAAGUGGGAGGAGCUUUUCUUACUCAGACCAUUUUCAUAUUUUUUUGUAAUUUGUUCUACAAGUGUUUUAAAUUAAACUUUUUGAGGGGAGUGUUCAAUUAUUUAGCAGGCCGCUACAUUGGUAUCCUUCCCGUGACUGUUUCCUCCUAUUCACAGUAUAGUAGUCAUGAUUUGCACUACUGACUCUAGUAGGCUUAAAAACUCUUUUAGCAAUGGACGAAGCAGAAGAACAACUCAUCAUGUCGACUCUGGCGUGUUCUGUUUUGUUUUGUAUUUUUGAGAAAAAUGCUACUGGACUGCUAGUACUUGGAUGAGAAAAUCUGAUCCUGACAGAAAGACCCAGGAGCAAAAAGCGAUGAUGUAAAAUGAGAAAACACAAAAGGACACAAGGUGUUUCUCUUUUUUUUUUGUAUUAAAAAAAUAUUCUCCCCUUACACUUCUUUUCCUUUUGGCAAGUGUUUAUUAUUAAAGAAAUGCCACCAUGUAUAACUAUUGUCUUUUCAGUGACUAUAAAGAUUAUUUUUCAGUCUU